AUUCAAUUUAUUUGUUUUAGUCUUGUCUAAAAUACUUAAUACAGACAAUUUAUUUCGGCAUCUUUUCAGUGGAAUUCAUUUUUUUUCGGAUAGGAAGUCAUCAAAUAACUCUUUCCACUUUUGGUUGAUCGAAAGGGAGUGUCAGACUCCUACUGACUAAAACCCACCCAUGCCCUCCUUUGCCCUUCGUGCAGGUACCGAAGCCUCGGUAACCCUUUCGGACAAUCCCCCUUCCCCGGGCAGGGCGGAAUUAAUACCUAAAAAAAAACUACUAUUUCGACAACUCAGAGAAAACUAACCCUUCAAAUCGCAAUUUGGCCACCUAUUACAGAAUAUUUUUUUCCGUGUCUGAUCACCCUGGCAAAGAUCACAGAAUGGGCCAAUCCGUCAGACUGCCGUCUUCUAACACCAAGCGCCAUCUUAUGAACAAUAACUGCAUUCAUUAGCAUAAUAAUAAACUAUUUAUUGAAAUAAGUUACUAACAUGUCUUUUAGACUUAUUUAUGAGCUCUGAAACUUACAAAUUGCUUUGCAUCUGGAACUGGCCUAUGCAGUUUGACUUAGGGUUUAAUAGUUGUACUGGACUACUAUAAAAUAUUUUGGUAUGGAUUUUGGCUCACGUUUGUGUUACCUAGAAUGUGACUUUUUGUAUAAAUCCCUUUGAUUUUUAUACAUUUUACUGCAAAAAAACGCCUGAUUUAAUGAAAUAGCAAUACUACAAAUUGAGGAUUAAAAUAACAUUAUCAAAUAUCUAUCUGAUUCCUUAUUUCAACUAUUUAAAGAAUGCACUUGAAUUAUUUUGAAAAUACCAAUACACAUUUUUUUUAUUCUCCCUUAGGUUCUUGUUCACAAAGCCGCCAAAGUAUACAAUCCCAACUCCGGUUCGACAUUUUAUGAUGACAAUGCUCACGAAUUCUCUUGUCCAUUACUCUUGAUCUCUAAAUAAAUGAUGAUUAUACAAAGGGGAAGUUCAACAUACACUGGCGCCACUUUACAAGCGUGCCAGCGUACGAGACGCUACGCAAUGUCGGUGACCUCGGAGGUCGCUACAUCUCCCUCUAACUCAUGUAGAACAAAUAGGACAGCACUACACAAUCCGAUGCGAGAAACGGAUAGCUUUAGUGACGUGUCAGGCGAGGGAGUGUUAACAGUGUCUUGAUAACUAUUUUUCUUUAAAAUAUAAUCAAAAUGAGAGAGUUUAAAUACGAUGUGAUACAACUUAUUCACUGUGUGCGAGACCGUCCAUGUUUGUGGGACAAAACUAUAGAAAAUUACAAAGAUAGGGUCGAGAGACGGUGUGCUUGGAAAGAAAUAUUUUGUAUACUGGACGAGUCGUACGAAGAAAUGACACCAGAGGAAAAACGAUUCACUGAAGAAACAAUACUAAACAAAUGGACAAAUGUAAGGGACACAUUUAUGAAAACUCUCAAAACAAGAUUGGGGAGGCCAAAGAGAAAAUACUUACUAUACAACCACAUAAAAUUCCUUACCAAAAUAGUGCCGGAAGAGGAAAAAAACGCUGCAUACUUAAACGAAGACAAUGAUGUAUUUAUGAAGCAAGAGGCUGAAGCAGAAUCCAGUUAUCCAGUCGAAGAACAAAGUUUCUCACAAAAACGUUCAAAACUAAGUGAGUUUAACGAUGAAAAUGCAACAUCCGAUUACAGUGCCGGCGAAAGCAGUUUCAGCAGUACAAAAAGAAAAUCGAAAAAAGUCAGUCGCGACGUUAAUGAUUCAAAAGAGAUUAAGAAGAAAAAUAGAAAAAGUAACGUGAAAGAUGAUGGUGAGAAGCUUAGUAUAGACAACGAUAAUACGAAUGAUAUUGAUUUUGUUGAGGUGGCUGAUAAUGAUCCAAGGAUUAUGAAUGAAGAUGAGGCGUUCUUCGCUGCGUUGUUACCGUCAAUAGUAAAAUAUACCGAAGAUGAAAGAUUAGAAUUCAGGAUAGAAGUUCUCGGGGUCAUGAAACGAAUUAAGGAGAAAAGAGAAUGGGCAGAGUAGUGGCUACACUUGUGAUAUAUAAUUUAAAUAUAUAAGAAGCCAGAAUAAAGAAGAGCAGACUUAUAUUGAAAACGAUCUCAUGGAGAUGUCAUUUAUUGGUGCACUUGACACCAAAUUUUGAUCUAGCCCGUGAUCAAAAACCUUUAUGUAAGAUGGCGAACUACUGUAUCAAAUAGGAAGCAUUUUAAAAGAUGUUUUUAUAAUGAUACACAUCUUGCUCAGCUUGGGCUAAGAUGCGAAAACCGCCUUGAUACUUGACGAUGAGAUGCCGAGUAUUUUAUUACGUAAGAGAAAUUCACGAAUAAAUAAGAAUUAAUUGUA